AGGACGACCUAGUCGAAGCGAAAUCUCUAUAUCCAGUGCUUUAGUCAGGAUAAUUUUUAUAUGAACCUCCUCAAUUCUCAAGUUGAAGGGUUAUCUGAUGAUCAACAACUUGGAAGGAAUAGGCUGAGGAAUCUUCACCAUCAAUGAGAAGCAAUUCCAAAAGCUAUUUCUACUGGGAUUAUUGAAAGCGAAGGAGCUAAGAAAAGCAAUGAUAGAAGGCAUAGAAAACCAUGAUGAAGAAAAGAGGGUUGAGAGUGAGGAACAAGCUGAAAACUUGUCUGCAGUGUCUUCCCCGAAGUGCUCGUCCUUCGACUUGAAUGAAGAAGCUAGCAGCGAAGAGGAUUAUGAUAUCGACAUUGCUAAGGAAAAUGAAGUGAGUGUUGAAGAGGAUGAGAAGAGAACCGAAGGGAGUUCCAGCAAUAACAAUGAAAGAAGAACAGUAAGGCAAUAUGUUAGGUCCAAAUUGCCUAGGCUUCGGUGGACUCCUGAUCUCCAUCUCUCUUUUGUGCAUGCUGUUGAAAGGCUUGGUGGACAAGAGAGAGCAACCCCAAAGUUAGUUCUUCAAUUAAUGAAUGUGAGGGGACUUAGCAUUGCCCAUGUAAAAAGUCACUUGCAGAUGUACAGAAGUAAGAAGCUUGAUGAGGCUGGACAAGUUCUACGCCAAGCCAAUAGACAAAUUCAAGGAAGGGAUGAAUUUCGGAGCAUGUUGCAACAGGUUAGCUCCAGUCCUCAUCAACAUUUCAGAAUGGAGAAUGGUGGGAUUGUCUUAGCCAGAGGGUCUCUUGAAAAUAACAUCACUCGAAGUCUUUACAAAUCUCCCUUCUACCAACGCCCAUUGGAUUUCAAACCUAGCAUUCCAAGGCACCAACCAACUUCUUUCAUAAGCAAAGCUCGUGGACAAGAAAAUGGUUUCCCAAAACCAACAGCCUUGUACAAUCAAGGCCAGUCAAACCAAAUUCAUACUAUGGAUACAGCCAUGCGAGUUGGACCGAUGAGACCAGGCCGAUUUCUUGAAGAGAAGAGGUGGCAUCCUUUUGAGCUGAUUUGUAAUAGAUGGAGGGUUAAUGGAAAUAUGACCAAGGACACCUUUGCUACUACCUGCUCACAAUCUCAAUCACCUUAUUUUUGCACAAGACCAAGCUCAGAUGGGGAAAGUUACUCCACAAGGCCAGCUGCAGGGAACCUUGGAACCAAGAAAAUGAUCGGGCAAUUUGUUUCCAACAAGCACGAUUCCUUGAGCAAAUUCAGUAGCUGUAGACCAGAGUUUGAGGCCCCGUUAUGGCUUGAGUUGAAGCAAGACAAACUGCUGAAGGACAGGGAAUGGUUGCCUGAUCUGCAGCUAAGACUAAGCCAAAGAAUUGGAAUUGACGAUGAGAAGACCCAUUGUAAAGGCACGGAGGAAAUUAGCACCCAGCUUUCACUUUCUUAGCCUCAAAUAUCAAGCUAUCAGGACAAAAUUCACGACCAAGCGAAAAGAUUCAAGGAAAUAAUUGUCCAAAUGAAGAUAUUGGUCUACUUACCAAUUUACAUAUAUGUUGCAACAAAGCCGGAUGAGGCUGAGUACUUAAGGAUCUGACCAUGUAAAAAGAAACCCACAGGAAGUGAGAUCUUUCUAAGUACUUGUCGUAGAGGCUAGAGCCAUUACAAGCAUAGUGUUUUUUUUUUUUUUGUUAAAUCAGUUUUGAAUGAUUUAGAGUACUCAUGAACCUUCGGAGAUAGGAAGGUUUGUGAUUGACAGUUUGUUGA